UAGCCUUUAUUGAAGCUGUUUUAAAUGUGCUCGCGACGCGAUCCGCUGCUUUGCGCGAGCGGAUGAAUGUCUUAUAUGUAGCCUUCAUGCAAAGGAGAGAGAAGAAGGAGCGCGUGCAGCUAGAGACCAAAUACAAUAGAUCAAACCAAAUACUACAGAAAUCCAAAUAAGACUUUCUAACUCUGCUGGCCUUUUUACACUGUCUUGCCUCUUUCUAUGUAUCAUCAUUUAUUGUGCUGUUUUAAAUUGCAAAACGAAUACCAAAGCUCAGCCCGGCUGGUGAUGCUACAGGAGUAGGCUAGCGACUGUUCUCAUGCCUUUUCACACCUAUAGGAAACAUUACUGGUGAGGAGUGAGAGGAUAAAAUAUGCUCUAUGUUUACUCAAGGAGAACGCUUUAGCAGUGCAAAGGUAACAGAGAGACGCAGGUGCAUCAACGACAGGCAGGUGACACACAGCCUUUUAAUAUUUAACGCCACUACAAUAGGCCUGUUAUUGUAACACAACUUUUCUGGUAGCCUGUAGAAGUGAGGUCUGAUCUCCUCUCUAUCCGUCUGUGUGUUAGUCUGGACUGUAUGUAAGCUAACUGCUGCACUCAAGGGACCAUCCUACAUAUAUGUUCUAUGCACAUUUACACCAAAACUAAUGCCGGCCACCAGUCGACAUCCACAAAUGUAAAUAAAAGGGCGCCGCUUGCCUACAUGUGUACACACCUAACGGUGAAUGUUGUGAGCUCUCCAUACCAAAUAUUUUCCCAAAGCUGUCUACCAGAGAAACGGACGAAGACACAGAAGCUUCAGAAGAGGACAGAGCGUAUUACAGCAAUUCUGUCAGAUUAUUUGCAUCAAAACUAGAAGCCGGAGGAAGAUCAUGUUUGUUCCCUUGCCGGUGCCGUUCGUGUUUCAGAGAACUGCCCCUGACCUCAACGCCUGGCGUCUCAAGUCCCCUCUGGCUCUUCGCUCCAACUCCGAUAUCAGGAUGUCAAAGCCAGUAGAGGUCGAGAAAGUAGGGGCUGAGUCACCGAUGGAGGGCACAGAUUCAGAGCGGAAUGGACCUGAAUCAAAUCACCAGGCUCAGUCAAUGAAAGUCAAUCCCUUUCCCCUUUCACCAACCCUGAGCAGCAGCAAGCAUAAGAUGGAGGAGUGUGGUGAGAUGUCCCCGGCCCUUCCUCUCUCUCACGGUCCGACCCCCUCACAGACGGCCCUGCAACAUACACAGCUCAUGCUGACCGGCUCCCAACUAGCAGGGUUAACAGCUCUGUUGCCAGCGCAGCAGCAGCUGUUGCUGCAGCAGGCUCAGGCGCAGCUCCUGGCUGCAGCUGUGCAACAGUCCAGUGCAGCCCACGCCGCUCAUGCUGCCCACGCAGCUGCCCAAGCAAAUCAGCAAGCUCAGGCAGUCGCAGCAGCAAAUCAGCAAGCCCAGCAGCAGCAGCAGCAGCAGGCGGGACAAACGGGGCAGCAGGCCCAAUCGCAGUCCCAGGGACAGAGCACACAGGAACAGAUAGCCCAAAGUGUCCCUGUCCCACCUCCUCCACCCCAGCUCACCCUCUCCCAGCCAAUCCAGCUCACCGCCCAGGACAUCCAGCAGUUGCUGCAGCUUCAGCAGUUGGUGUUAGUGCCCGGCCACCCGCUCCAAUCCCCUGCCCAGUUCCUCCUCCCACAGGCACAGCAGGGCCAGCAAGGACUCCUAUCGACACCAAAUCUCAUUUCGCUACCUCAGCAAAACCAAGGGAGCCUGCUGUCUGCUUCAACUAGAAUGGGACUCCAAGCACAGCGAGAUAAGAGUAUGGAGGUGAGCGGUGUGACCACGGUGCCCUCAGUGACCUCUCACCCUGAGGAGCCCAGUGACCUGGAGGAGCUGGAACAGUUUGCCCGCACUUUCAAACAGAGACGCAUCAAACUGGGCUUCACACAGGGAGAUGUUGGUUUGGCCAUGGGGAAGCUGUAUGGCAAUGACUUCAGUCAGACCACAAUCUCCCGCUUUGAAGCCCUCAACCUAAGCUUUAAGAACAUGUGCAAGCUGAAGCCACUGCUGGAGAAGUGGCUCAACGAUGCAGAGACCAUGUCCACAGACUGUACCAUGCCCAGCCCCAGCUCCCUGUCCUCUCCCUCUAUGGGCUUCGACGGGAUUCCUGGUCGCCGCAGAAAGAAGAGAACCAGCAUCGAGACGAAUGUACGCGUGGCCCUGGAACGCGCAUUCAUGACGAACCAGAAGCCUACCUCAGAAGAGAUCCUGCUGAUUGCAGAGCAGCUCAACAUGGAGAAGGAGGUGAUCCGGGUCUGGUUCUGCAACCGCCGGCAGAAAGAGAAACGCAUCAAUCCCUCCAGUGCCACCCCUCCCCUGCCCAGCCAGCCCCCCACUGCCCCGCCAACGCACAAACCGCCCUGCUACAGCCCUCACAUGAUGUCCAGCCAGCUGUCGCAGGCCGUGACCAGUCUCAGCACAACAGUGUCCACCAUGUCACCCGUCUGCUCCCUGACUUCCAGCCUCACCUCCACCCACCCCUCUCUCAGCUCCGCACCCUCUCCGGUGACUCCUCCUCCUCCCCGCAGCACGGCCAGCCCAGCCACUCCCAGCCACAGCACACUCAACCUUAACACAGGCUUAUGGCGUAUGGGUAAAAAGAACGGUGACGUGUCUAACUACAUCACCGAUUUUGCUGCAAACUUGAGGAACACUGUGAUGGGAGUUAACACAGGGAUGAACCAAGCCCUCCUCGGUAACAAUCCCCUGGCCACUAUCCAAGCCCUAGCAGCCAGUGGUGGCCAGCUGCCCCUUUCCAGUCUUGAGGGGGCCAGUAAGGUGAUGCUGGGGGCCUGUGGGAGCCAGAGAGGGGGCCUCCCCUCCUCCUUCUUCCUCAACCACCCCGCCCUCCUCCACAUGGGCCAGAACCCCGGCGCUGGACUGCUCAGCGCUGCCAUAGCCAAAGCCUCCAAGGCCUCCCCCUUCCCCUCGGCCAGCAGCAUCAGCCCCACCCUCUGCUCCCCCUCGCCCUGCUCCAGCCCCGCCUCUUCCUGCUCCUCCAGCGAAAUGGCACACAGCCCGCCCUCUCUGGGCGGAGCCAAGAUUGAGUGACAGCGCCAAGGGCCAAUCAGAGAGGAGGAGGAAGGAGGAAACGAGAACCUCGCCUUUCACACCAAAGCUAUCUCUUUCUCUCUCUUGUGCUCUUCUUGCGUUAUUUUAUUUUUUUGCAAUGGCUCUCUCUCUCUCUUUCUCUCCCAGUCUUUCGAUGCCAAAAAUACACAGAAUGAAAGAGGAGAGAGGGAGAGAAAGAAGUGAAAUAGAGGAGAAGGGAGGGGGGGGGGAGAUUGAAACCAAAAAUCUUUAUCUAUCCAAACAGAUGGAGAGGAGGCAACGUGGGACCUUUUUGUCAAUAACACGUUCUAUCGACAUGGCACCUCUCCACUCUUUCUCUCUAAAGGAAAACAAACCAAUGACUCCUUAACGAAGAGAUGGCAGAGAAGCGUGUCGAAGUGCAUAAACCAAAAAUGACAAAAGAUAACUUUACUAUGUGACAAAGGAAUGGCGGCAAGGACAAAAAAGAAAUGGAGAGGAGAACUGUGCUUACGUUUUCCCUUUUUUUAUUAUUUCGAAAAGCUGCGGGUCUGAAGAUAGCGGAGUAGGGAGGAUAAGUUUAAACCAAAAAUUUACCAGAGGAGGAGGCGGAGGAGAAAUACACAAUGACAAAAAAAAAACAAAAAAAAAAACGACAACCAUACCAAAAUCCCAAAUACCAAAAACCAAAAAUACGGAGAGAAAAGCUUUAUUCAAAGGACGUGUAAAUACUGAAGCUAUCCAGGACCAGGACUGUACUACUGCUUCUCACACACACAUCAAGAGCCAAUCCAUCCUGCCAUCGACUCAUCUUGUCUGUGUCAGCUCAUGUGUCUCUUUUAGGUUUUCAUGCUAGAUAUAUUGAAUAAUUUUGUAAAAGAUUGUUAUUGAACCAGUCAAGAGUUCAUGUAUGAACGAUUGCCACUGUAUUCUAAUGUGUUAGUCUCUUUACCUACCUCUGGUUCUAAGAGCAUAGAAAGCUUUCCUCUCUCCUUUUUAUUUCACGUUUCUUUGACAGAGGCUUGUUACUAAGUAUCUGUUUUGAGAAGUACAGUUGGGAUGUCUUUUUUAAUUAUUUAUUAGUGACAUUUUACAAUCCAACUCCUAUUUAUUGUCGCAGCUAUUUCCUUUUUAUUCUUAGCUUUUGGGGUUUGAAUCAUCAUCCGUGUCAUCGUCAUUGUCUUCAUCAUAUGCAUUUGUGUUGUCAAUGGGCUAUUCUGCGGGGACAGAGAAGACGCAGGUGAAAAGAUGCUCACCAAGUGCCGUAGAUUCAAAAUAGAGUUGGCACGCUGCGAGUUGAUUUCGAGGUGUGAAUGAAUUUAUUAAGACCUAAACAUGUGACAUUAUGUGCUCUUAAUCAGACCACUCUUUCCUCACUCUUAAAGAUAACCCAUUAUCAGUGACUCCAUGGCUAAAUGAACAUGCCCUGGAAAACUUCACACACUGAAAAUGACAUAAUAAUGUUUGUUAAGAGUGGCGGCCACUUUGAAAGUAUGAAAUAGGGCUGUGAUUGGAGAUUUUAAAGUAAUAACCAUUGAGACUGAAGGCUAAAUAAGUCAAUAAAGCCAAGUUUAGUCACAGCCAGCUCUCAUUCCUGCCUCGUCAAUCAGCAUAGACGCCCCGACACCUGUCUGUCUAGACAUGUUUACUGAUAUUUGUCUGUUUCCAUCAUCACUCCAUCGAUCACAUUUCACUGUCAUUUUCCACCUCAGACUGCCAUUAAUUCUCAAAUGGAAACCAAAGCAUUCUCAAGGCUGGGCUGUUCUUAAGGAGCCUUAGCCAAGACAUAUGAACACAAUAAAGACGCAGAGGGGCGGAGAACAGGACGUAAGCCCCCUAGUGUAAUCCCCUCCACCUGGCCCGUCCAAAAACCCACGGGGGAAGCUUUAUUUAGGGAACUGAUCCUUUACUCCGAACCCCCAGAAAGAAGGGUACGCUGGGACAUCAGGGCGAAGGAGGGACACACUGUAGUGAAGGGGAGCAGGCGUCACACUUUUUGUAAGAGGAUACCAAAAAUAAACCCAAACCAAAAAAAACACACAACCCAAGGAAUGACAGAAGCAAACCAAAAAGAACCCUAACCAACUGUUGCUGGAGGGAGGAGGGGAGGAGAACAAAGUGCAGGCGUUGAAAGAGGUGAAGCUGUCUGUCUGUCUGUCUGUUAGCUUUAGGGCUGCGGCAUACGCCCAGCUCUGAAACUGUGUAGCAUGGAUGAAGGGAUAGAUAGACAGGCGGACAGAAGAAGGACAGACAAUUUCUCCCCUCCUCUGCCUCUCACUCUCUCCAGCUCAGCUCUCUGGUCCUGGAUGGAGCUAAACGCAAAUGACCUCACUGAACUGAAAUCUUCUAAAAAAAAAAAUCUGUUUUUAUUUUUCUGUUGGUUGGUUCUGAUUGUUUAUCUCUGCUGUGUCUCUUGAUGCUGUUUUAUGUACUGUACUUUAGUGCUUAUUACUCAUUUGGAAUAACGUACUCGCUUACUUACUACAAGAGCUCCUUAUUUUUUUCGUAGUCGUGCUAGAAAUUUUUAUCAGGUGGUUGGAAAAAAUACUGUGAAAAUUUAGCUUCCAGAUUUUUAUUAGAUAAAGAAACAGACUGUCUUGGCCGAAAAAAAGACACACAAAAAGCCAAAAACAAAGAGUUGAAUAGCAAACCUUAAAAAUGCCAAACCAAAUACUGAACCAAACCAAACACAGUAGAGAGGAACAGGAACACGAGGGCACAGAAAUGGGUCAAUUUGUAUGAGGUAAAACUGUGUGUUUUUCUGUGUGUAAGUGUUAAUGGAAGGCCAAAUGGUAAAAAAAGAAAGAAAAAUGAAUAGGGGCUGCAGUGAUGUCUUGUCAUUAAUUUUGACCCCAGAGACGGCAUUAUACACACUUCAGACACAGAAUAAUACACACAGCAGCGGCCUCAGUCAAGUUGACAGUUUGAGAGUUGGCCGUAAAUGUAUCCAAAGAAUAUUUGGUUUGAUCCACACCAGAAAACAGUCGACACUCGAGAAUAGUCUCAUGAACCAAACUUUAGAUGUGGGGUUUGCACCUUGAAGGUGAAACCUUUUCUCCACAUUGACUCUUAGACGGAAUGUAUCUGUUAGUGCUUCUAUAGAUUUUGUAGAAAAAAGAUCUAUGUUCUACUGCUUACUUAUCGCUAAUGUAUUAAAAAGAAAAAAACGUACAAAAAAGACUGAGAAAAAAAAAAGAUCCUAAAAAACAUUGAUGAUAAUAACUUGAUUUUAGACCAAAAAUUUUAACUAUCUCUCUUUGGACUUUUUUUAUUUCUCCUUAUUAAUGCUGAUUUAGACUUUUGAUUGUACUAUUUAUUAUUCAGGGUAGGGUUGAUUUAUUUGCUUGUUAUCUUUUUUGCCUUGCUAUUUAUUUGUUAAUUUAUUUCUAGAGGUGCUUUUUUCACAUUCUGGGAUGUAUUUGUGAUGGAUUUUUAUUUUGCCCCCUGCUGAUGUUCUUUCUUACUUCUUUUAAACCAAAUAAUACCAGAAAUGCAACCAAAUGUCCUGUAGGGUCUUAAUAAGAGAAUAUGGCUGUUUGGAUGGUCAGCCAUAAAGAUAUUCUCCUCCUCACUGAGACGACUCUUCUCCCAAAGGGGAGGGCAUGUUCACAGUAGUGAGAGGCAGCACUGUGUGGACGAACACCUCAUCAUUUGCAGAAAUUUUCAAGAAAAAAUAAAAAAAAGAAUUCGGUAGAGGCUUUCUAGACAGACAAUGUCUUUGUUUCUCCUGAUAAUAAGACAAAAAGAUAAGUUAAAAUUCUGUUUCGAUGGAGAAUGCAUAAAUGUAGUUUAUAUGUGGAAGAACUGCCUAAAUUAUAGCAUGAGGUGUUCUUUGAGACGUGGUGCUGCUUCUGUCCUCGAUAUUUUCUCCACAGGGAGAACACACUGAAAGCUUUACAGCUACACUACCAAAAAACACAAAAGAAGAAGAUUAACUGGGGCAAAGGCUAACAUUUUUUACUAGAUAGAGAGGAAAGAAAGAGUCAAGAGAGAAGAGGGUGAUUUUGGAAUUUAAGCCGUAAAUUGCUCUAUAACUUCUCACUUUGUCUCUUUUGUCUCUCAAUUUUUUUGUUUCCACUUUUCUAGAAGUUUCAACUUUUUUUCUUCAUCCCCUGUAGGAUGUAAAAGAGAGAUAGUUCAUCAUAUACCUCAUAUUCUUUGAUGAUAAACCAAAUAGAUGAAUGCUUUAAAAUGCGGGGUUCAAGUGGGGAUCAGGGUACCUGGAUGGUACGUGUGGACAGUGUGUUCGUGUGGCCGGGAGCAGACGCAGUAAGGCUGGGUCAAAGGUUGUUGUCCUAAUGGAGGUAAACACAGAGGUUUGGGAUUGAUCUGGGAAGUAACAGAUCAUCGACUAGAUUGCAGUUUGCUCCAUAGUAUUCAGAAGGUACCUUUUGAGGUCAAAGGGCCCCACUGGUUCAUGCUCCGGUCCACACACACACACACACACAUGCACACACCUUGUCCCCCUGGAAAACACCCCCGCUGUCUGUGUUGAGCUUUGAACACAGCCCUCUCCUCAUAUAUGGUUGUUACUGCUUCCUCCCUGUCAAACACGGACUGUGGGCUUAAAGCUGCUCUUUGGCACAGAUCUAGGAUUAAAUCUGGAUCCAUUUUUGGGCUUAAAAAAGCUUCAAGAUUAGUACCUCAGAGCAACUUUAUCACCAAGGUUGCCGAGCCCUCUCUCGCCUUUAGGUCUUCAUUGCCUGAUGAGGGGGCAUAUUGACCAGUUGAUGUCCAUGUGCACCAGGGAGUGCCGUAGGGCAGGUAACUGGGGAAUGGCUGAGACCGGGGUUGCUAGGUGACACAUCCAGACACUUCUCACGACUCGGUGUGUGUUGAGACAGUGGAAGUUGGAGGAAGAGGUGUGCAUGUGAUUAAAUCAUUUUGUUGUUUUGCCCUCUCUGUGCAUUCAGAGGAAGUGGAAGCAGAGCUCUGCUGCGUUUCUCACGAGGCACCUUUUUGUGAACCUCAGGGUUUGAGGGACCGGGUGUAUUGUGUUCAUCUCUCCGGUGGGGAUACCCCCCUUAGUGAAUGAUACCAAAGUCAAUGCCUCACCAUGAGAUCCAGCACGAUGUACACACUCCCUAAAAUCCUGAUGUCCACCCGAGUGUUUAGAAACUCAACUUUUCUCCUUAUGGCUUAAAUGGCAGCAUAUUCUUUUCUCUCUCCACACAAUUACAUCGUCUCUACAGGUUUAGAGAUGUAUGUUUACAACAGCAUCUAUCAAAGCUUCAAAGGAAUAGCUUAACUUUUAAGGAAAUAAAGUUAUUCAAUUUCUUGCCGAGAGUUAGAUGAGAGCCAGUGAGGACUACACGACUGGAAGUCAUUGUGGCCCAAUGAAACCCCUGUACAACCACAAACUGGCAUUUUACACUCUAAAAUAUUUGAUUCGGAGGUGCUGGUAGGCGAAUUUUGUUCUGUACACGUGAAUGAAUCAGUAGCACCAUAUUCAAACAAAACUGAAUAUAUACUGAAUCAGUAGCUUUUAGCUGUUAGGCUCCCCUCACUGGUAACUGAGAGCACUAUUUUUUAGCUCAGCAUUGAUUUACAGUACAUUACUGCCUGGUUUAAAGGGUACCGAAAGACACGGAAAGCCACAUAAAUAAUUAUGCUGUGAUAACGCUGUUGCAAAUAAGUGUCUUGUAAAGUAACAAUUUUAACCAGCUACAGGCUGACAGUUACAAUAUCAGCUGUUAUGAAGAGUGAUGUGUUUGCUUACUGCUGUGUAUUGGAACAGUGAUGCAUUCACUUUGCUUUAGAAAAGGGAAAAUAAUCAGUGACUGAUUCUUUGAACUGAACUAAACAAAACUAUUUAAAUUAGUAAAGUGAUUCAUAAUUUCCACCUUAUUUGGACUGAGCCAGGCUAGCUGUUUCCCCCUGUUUCCAAUCUUUAUGCUAAGCUAAGCUAACCAUGCCCUGGCUGUAGCUUUAUAUUUACUAUACAGAUAUGAGAGAGUAGUUUUAAUCUUCUCAUCUGACUUUUGGCAAGAAAGCCCCAAAAUGUCAAAUUAUUCCUUUAAAAUGCAAGAAUCAAUACUUGAAGUUGUCAUGUCAAGAUAAGUAAAAAUCUAUUAGAAAGCAAAUAUCUCUGGACAUGAAUGCAUGAGAGAUGUAGUUGUUGUUGGAGAAGGAGAGACACAGCGAGCAGGGCAAAGAAAACAACAACAAACAAGCUGCUUCUACUUCCUCCACCACCCACUCUCAUCCACGCCAUACAUGCUCUUCCUCUCUUUCAUCCCUUUCUUCUCUCUCUCUCUCACUCUCUCUCUCUCUCUCUCUCUCUCUGUCUCUUCUACAAUACAGCUUUAGUCCAAAGGUUUCUCCAGCACCACAGCAAAGGAGUCAGAUGUUAAAGAAUAAAACCAAAGAGCUCUAACUUGACCUUAUCUUCAACACAACGCCUCCACUGCAUAUUUCACCUCUCUCUGUCCAUCCAUCCCUUCCUGUUUGCUCUCCUUUAGCUCCUCCGUCACUUAGCGAGCCGGUCUUUGAAGCGUUAACCUCAGCUAUCCAAAGGGGAAUAAUAAUAAUGAUAAUAUUGAUGAUAAUUAAGAUGAUGAUGAAAUGUAUAUUUUUAAGUAUUUGUCAUUGGAAAAAUAAUCUUCUCAUAAUUAUGAUGAUCAUGAUGAUGACAACGACGAUGAUGAUGAUGAUGAUGAUGAUGAUGAUGAUGAUGAUGAUGAAGUUUCUCUUGGUAUCUUUGUAGCUGUUCUGAUCCUUCUUAAGUUCUUGUCCUUUCCGCUUGUGUUGCCGGAGAGUCCUGCUUAACUCCCAUCAGCCCUCUCUCACCCCCUCCCCUCCCCCCUUUCUCAUUUGGUUUACCCAAUGUUUGGUCCUAACGUCUACCUGUCUGACCCUGUGUGUGUGUGUGUGUGUGUGUGUGUGUGUGUGUGUGUGUGUGUGUGUGUGUGUGUGUGUGUGUGUGUGAGAAAGAGUGAAUUGUCAAACACUGACAAAGGGAAGUUUAAGAUUUUUCUCUGGAAGUGGUUUCUUCUUGUUAGCUGUUAAAGAGGGGGAGAGCUUCAGUCUAUUACAUUUCCACCUGUGACCAAGCGUGUGUGUGCCUGACUGGGUGGGGGUUGCUGAAAAGUGGGACGGGUGUGGUUCGCUGCAACAAUUUGCAAAAACAACUAAAAAGAUUCCCUGUUCUUUGGACAACAACCACCCACUCACACAUGAACUGUACUGUCAACUGUAACAUACUGUUUGCCAGCUUCCUAGUACACGUAGCUUUAAUUCACAACAGUCAGUGUGUGUGUGUGUGUGUGUUUCUGUGCGCGCAAGUAUGGUUGUAUUGCCAUCACUCCUCCCUUUGUGUCUCCUAUCCUGUGAGCAGCCCCCCACCCUUCCUACCUUCCUAUCCCCAUUUCCCUUUCUGUCUCCCCCAUUCUUCUCUCUUGUUGUAGCAAGUUAGCCUUUUAGUGUAUUUAUCUUGAAAACCAAAAAAAGAAGAAAAAUAACUCUACUUGUUCAUUGUACAGUGUUGUUCAUUUUAAGUCAUUUUUGUAACUGAAAGUGUUUCAUUCAUCCAAAUAAAACAGGAGACAAAAACUGUACAGAUGAUCCCCUC